GCUGCAACACUGGCAAAAUGCCUGCCCUACUAUUCCUGGUAGCACUUCUCUUGCCUGCUGGAGCUGGAGCAGAGAGGAUUAUUGGUGGGAUUGAGUCUAGACCACAUUCUCGCCCUUAUAUGGCCUAUCUGGAGAUCAGCCAUAAUAAUGGGUACAAGACCAACUGUGGUGGGUUUCUCAUACACCCCCAAUUUGUGAUGACUGCUGCACACUGCGGAGGAAGAGAAAUCACUGUCACCCUUGGAGCUCAUGAUGUGAGCAAGAGAGAAUUCACACAGCAGAAGAUAAAAGUUGAAAAACAAAUCAUGCACCCAAAUUUCAAUCUCAAUUCCCUUCUAAAUGACAUCAUGUUACUGAAGCUUCAAAGGAAAGCAGUGUUGAAUUAUGCUGUGAGUAAAAUUUUGCUGCCUAGUCCCCUUUACUUUAUCAGACCUGGGAAGAUGUGCUGGGCAGCUGGAUGGGGGCGAACUGGAGUGAAUGCACCUACAUCACAUACCCUGAGAGAAGCUGAACUGAGAGUCAUGGAUGAAGAGACCUGUAAAAUGCAUAAGCCUUUUUACAAUAAUGUCCAGGUCUGCGUGGGCAGUCCCACAACAUUAAAGUCAGUAUACAAGGCAGACUCUGGGGGACCUCUAGUGUGUGAUGGUGUGGCCCAUGGUAUUGUAUCUUAUGGGCAGUUAAAUGGAUUGCCCCCUGCAGUCUUUACCCGAAUCUCCCCAAAAGUGCCCUGGAUUAAUACAGUCAUAAAUGGCAAGUAGCUGAAAAGUCUGACCUGCAUGCAUCAGAGUCUCCAAGCCUGAGCUCAUCUGGUGCCCCUUGUGUUCAACACAACCUGCCCCCAGCCUGUCCCCAGCCUGUCCCCAACAAGACAAUCUCAAAAAUACACAAGUCUGUGGUGAUGGAUUGUUCCCUGUAAUACACCUCAAUAAAGGCAUAACCUCUUGCA